GAACCAAGAAAUGAGUACAAAUGUAAUGAAAAGAUUGUUAAAUUUCUUCUCUGUAUCUUCCUUCCGGUCGUGUCAUUGAAUUUUAUGUUAAUGGUUAAUAGUUCAAGGAAUAAUAAAUUUCGAAUGAAAUGUGAAGUUGUGGGCCCUUUUGUUUCAAUAAUGAAAAAAAUAUCCUGUUAAAUUCACAAUGAUUUGAUAGAGUUAGUGUGGAGUUGACUGCCCAACUAAAAAUUUCAAGGAACUUCUUUGAGUCAGCGUCAUGUCGUUUGACAUGACUUUUUAUAGGUGCAAAUUUUGGAUUUCUAUUAUUAUUUCAACGUGAAUUGGAAUGGGGGUGCCAUGUCUUGCCCAGGUGCGAAUGCUGCACUUGUCGUUAAUAAUAUUAGCGGCAAUAUCUUUCCUGCUUUAUGUUUGCUACAUGACAUCUCCACAGCCGUCAACUACUGUUUCACCGAUGAGAUUAAUGGACACCGAUCUUCUGCAUAUUUUCAAUACAAAUCUAUCACAACCGGACCUAAAUAAUAAAAACCUAUCAGCACCUUUGAACAGAGUGUCAUCAGAGGCACCCCCAUCACGUCAAAGUUUAUUGAAAUUCUUUGCAAACUCAUCUAAUAAUGAAGUUGACCUUUCUCGAGGUGUAGCUGCUGAAAUAAUAUAUGAAUCGGGACAUGUUGAUGUUAAUCUUCAAAUUUGUCCUAAUCAAGGGAGAUACUUGAAAUUGCUUAUAGCUGUAACUUCGGCCCCUUCGCACGAAAGUGCAAGAACAGCUAUUAGGGAAACUUGGGGUAAUGUUGCAAUACGUAAAGAUAUUGCGGUUGCGUUUAUGCUAGGUUCUACCUCAAAUGAGACGGUCAAUUCAAACAUCGAAAAAGAGCAAAAUCUGUUUGGCGAUAUAAUUCAGGGUAAAUUCAUAGAUACCUACGAUAAUCUCACUUUAAAAACAAUUUCCAUGUUGGAAUGGGUAGAUAAAUUCUGUCCCAAAGCCAGUUAUGUACUUAAAACUGACGACGAUAUGUUCAUUAAUAUAUCCAAGCUUUUAGAUUUCAUUUUGAAACGCACUUAUGAACCUCGUGCUAUAUAUGGAAGAUUAGCUAAAAAGUGGAAACCAAUUAGAAACAAAAAAUCUAAGUAUUACAUAUCUCCGCAACAGUAUAAGCCAGCGAUAUUUCCAGAUUUUACAACUGGUCCUGCUUAUCUUCUACCAGCCAAUUUGGCCAAAGAAUUAUAUGUAGCUGCAUUGAAUCAUACUUAUUUCAAAUUAGAAGAUGUAUUCAUUACUGGAAUUGUUGCAAAUAAUAUUAAAAUUCGAAGGAUUCAUGCGCCUGAAUUUUUGAAUAAAAAAGUUAAAUUAACGCCAUGUAAUGUACAAAAAGGCAUUAGUAUACAUAUGAUAAAAGGUAUUGAACAAUAUGACCUCUGGAAAAAAUUGCAUGAUACUACAGCUAAGUGUAAAUAGCAUCUCUCGAUUGAAAUGCGUAAUAACAAUCAAAAUUUUCUUCGAAUGAAGAGCUGGUAUUACAUAAGAGGGAAACAUUGAUGAGUUAUUUCAUUUUGAUUUAUUCUUUAUUUUCUUGCAAUGCAUGUAUUAUUUAUGUUUGUGUGUACCAGCUCUUUGUUGAACAGGAUAACUCAUUAGUUCAUUCAAAGGUAAAAAGAGAUUAUAUUUUAUAAUUCACUUCAUCGGUAUUAUAUUUGAAUCUGAUUUUAAUGAAAAAGUUGAUAAUAAGGUAUGAAAAUUUUUCUGCCAGAAUACUCUCAUAUUACGGUUAGAAUUAUCGCAAUGUUUGAAACUUACCAUUUAAGCAAAUGAUUGAUAUUCAAUAUCAGUAUAAAAACGAUUUUUUUAUUAUGCAAAUAAUAUGCAUCCCAUAAAAAGUGGAAUUGAAGGCAUGUAGAGUUUUAUCUAUUUUUAAUAAUUCAAGUAUUCCAUUAUAAACAAAUGGAAUUAUAUACUUAGGAAGAAUUAGAUCUUACAAAUCACCAAUGAGUUAAAACUGUAACUGAAAGACAAACUGUAAAGCUGUGAAUUUUGCUAUUUAAGUAUUAUACAAUUUUGUUCAUAAAUUAUAUAAUAAAUUUUGUACAUAUUA